UCGACGCAAACUCCACGCGCGCUUGGCCGCGACACGGGAAGAACACGCGUGUGCGUCCCUCCUCCUUCCGAGCAGCAGGACAAGCACACGUUCUCCACUCGUCCCACACCACCGACGUUAGCCAACUCUGCCCCAGCACACCGCAUUUGUCCAUCCUAAAAUAGCGCGCGGACGCUCACGGAGAGAGAGAGAGAGAGUCGCGCGCGGCACAGCCCAGGGCAGUCAACGCACCAGCACCACCACCACCAGCAGCAGCGUUGGCAUAUUGCUGCCCAGAGCCCCCGGACCACAAGAGCGAAGCAUGGCAGCACAGCCACCCACGGCGGGCGGCGGCAACGUCGCCGCCUCCGCCGCCUCGCUGGUGGCCGCGUCGACUCUGAGGGGCCUCCUGGGUCUGGCCGCCUCCUCCACGGCGCUGCCCCUGGCGGGCACGGCGUCUGUCGACGCGCAGGGGCCCGCCGCUCACCGUGGCGCCGCGGCGACCUCCUCCUCGUCGUCGCCCAACGCCACCUCGGGCGACGAGGGCGAGCCGUGCGUGGCGUGGAUGGAGGUGCAGCACUUGACCUUUCACGUCGCUAACGCCUGCUUCCUGCUGGCCCUCCUCGUGCCCAGCACCGUCUUCCUGCACAUGGUGUUGUUUCGGACGCUCCUGGGUGCAGGUUGUGCUCUGUUUAUCACGUGGGCGGCGUUGUACCGCUGCGCCAUUGACAUCGUGGUGUGGAAUUCAAUCUUGCUCGCCAUAAACCUCGUGCACCUUGUCUACCUGCUCUACCGAAAUCGCCCGGUGAAAGUGCACGGCGAGCUGAAGCGCGUCUACCGCCGGCUGUUCGAGCCGCUCAACGUGUCGCGCGAGCUCUUCCAGACGCUCACGGGCCAGUUCUGCACCAUCAUGCGGCUGUCGGCGGGGCAGCCGUACAGCGUGGAGGAGCGCACGUCUACCGACGGCCGCCUCAGCAUUCUGCUCAAGGGCAAAAUGAGGGUGACCCAUCGCGAUCACUUCCUGCACAACAUCUACCCCAACGCCUUCGUCGACUCGCCAGAGUUCCGCUCCACACAGCUGCACCGCGGAGAAAAGUUCCAGGUGACGAUCACUGCCGACGAAGACUGCGAGUUUCUGUGCUGGCAUCGGGAGAGGCUGACCUUCUAUCUCGAGGUGGAGCCGUUCCUGAAGGAAGUGUUCAAAUACCUCAUCGGGAAGGACAUCACCAACAAGCUGUACUCCCUCAACGACCCCACACUCAACAUCAAGGCGGCGAAGUGCCUGGACCGACAGCCAUCGCUGUGCUCCCACCUGUCCCUGACGCAGGUUCGUAACAGCCUGGCCAGCUCGUCCGACCCCGAGGAAGGACUCGCCCAGCUCCGCUCCACCUCGUCCAAUGGGGGCGGUGAGUGAAAUUGGGCAUUCCCUCACAUAUGCUGCCCAUUGAAGAAAUCGGGGAAGAUGAUGUUUUCCAGGACAGGUCAUGAAAAAAAAGACCCACUGAAUAUUGCAACCAACAUCCACCCAGUGACCAGUGAAAUACAGACAUUGCUGUGGGAUUGACUCUGAACAGUCUUUAUGUACACACAGCAUAUAGAAACCCUGGCCAAUUACAAGCACUAAAUAAAGUAUCUGAAAGUAUCAGGCUCUUUCAACUUGGAUGUAACAAUCCCCUUCAUGCUCCUAUGCCAACAGUUGGGAGCCUGCUGCUAACUCGUCCUAUGGUGGCUCUCCGAUGCCAUAAUUUGCUGAAGCGGAGCUUCUGAUUGCACUAUACAUUGUGCCAACGACGGGGCCUGUAAUGGUAGCCAAAGUAUGACCUUUGAUUAAAGCUUUCGUGACUGCAGUAAUUCAUAUGUAUGACCUGUUUCGUGCACAGUACAUUGCGUUCCCGGGUAAUCUACGUCUGGACUACCGCGUAGGGAUACCCGGUUGCGCCGUGUAAAUAUAUAUCUGAUGUAUUUGUGGUCGUACCCCGUGUUGUUCGUCGGGACUUCAGAAACUUCGCUGGAAGCUUCUUUCCAUUUGAAACGAUGUCCGACAUUUCGCUGCAUGUGCUGGGAGCUCCUUCAGCAAGCUUAGGAAUGAGCUCUUAGCACGUGGGGUGGUAAACGUCGGACAUCUUUGCCGAACCAUGAUGCGUAUACAACCCGAAAACACAUUUGUAAUUUCUGUAUUAUUAUGUGUAUAUAAAAAAUGUAUUCAAACAAAUGCAACAAUCAUCCAGUAUAAUUGUUCUUGAAGCACAGAUAAAAAAAGCACAAAUGUUUUAAGAGACACAACAUAUCAUUUAUUGCAGAUAGUUUUACAUCAAUCAUUCAAUCUCAGCCAACACUCAACGUCACCUCAAAAAGUAUUAUUUUUGUCCCCAUUAUUGCCAGACAUCGUGUAAAAGGUAGAGGCGCAGCCUGCAUUUCCUACUCGUGCCACUGCUGGCAGAUGGGGCUCCACGAGAGGGGGCUCUGGAGAGCCCCUUUGAGGCGGGGGAGUAAUUUUGACUCUUCCACGCUGGGCAAACAUCUUUGAAGAGGAUUUUGUACACGAUGUAUAUAUAAACGUUAUGAACUUGUGACCAAUGUCGAUGGCUAAACUUCUAAUAGGAUACUCGUAAGCGUUGUUUAGGCUGGACAGGACUAAAACGAUGUUUGUCGUAAGUGUUGUACCACACAUUUUCCACGAAUGCUCUGACCGCUUUGGUGUGUGUGCAUGUUGUAUACUUCCCACAGGAUUAUAAGAUCGGCGUCGCUAUGUUCUCACAGGUCAGCAAUCUUUAAGACUCGAUGGUACAUUCCAUAACUAAAGGUUCAUCCUGUUCCUUAGGAUAUAGUAGUUUUUGGUUUCUUAGUACACCAAGCGAACGGAUUUGAAAAUAAUCAUUUUCUCGGAACAUGAUAAUAACUUUUUUUGAGGUGACUGCGAGUAACCAGCUGUAGUUUCACAUCGCUCAGUGCAAUGAUACUACUCAGAUUUAUGUUCCAUUAGAAGUUAAGAUUACGUUUAAAAAUCACGAAUUACUUGUACACACUUUACGUCGGUAACGCUAAACACACGAACAUUCAUUAUGAACGAUCAAAGACAAUUGUCUGACGUUGUGAUUUAAAAGUGUCUUACAGAAAUUCAGUCAAUUUAAACCAACACGUCACCACAAUUUAUUGUUUUUCUUUUGUGUAACCAGUUUUCUGCGGGAAGACUUAAAGUCAAAUUGUGUAUACGCACACAAUAAAACGCAUCCCACGACUAUUGUUUUUGUGGAGUUUUAUAAAAGGAUGAACAUUCAAGUUUGUAGCGAGCACGUUUUAACGCCUCUGAUUUUUCAUCUGAUUCAAACCCCGAGAUAUUUCAAUGCUUGCAUCUCUCAUUGCCACUGACAAAAAAUGAAUUCCCUCAAGUUAAAAAUGUUUACAUAACGAUGCAGAAAUUACGAUGCACUUUCGAAUGACUUGUACUAUUUUACUGUUCAACGCCUGGCAGAGGUCAGACUACACGUUAAUGCAAGCAUAAUUUUUGCAAAAAGAAAAGUUUCAAAAAUUUACAUGGUUUGGAGUCUCAUUACAAAAACAUGACUGAAACAGUAAAAACAAAGUGUUUACAGACAUAAAAUCAUAGUUAAUUAGAAAAUAAUGAUAUAUUUCUUCUGGACACAACAGUGUUCUCUCCAGAAGGGAUGAUAACACUUUUUUGUUUCAAAUAUAUAUAUAUUUUUUUUAUCUCAAAACGAAUCCAAAAAGACGACCCGGCAGGGCAAAUAGGUUACUUCCACGGUCUAGUUGAUUGGUUUCAUUACGAAGUGUUGUAAUUAAGGACAA